AUGAAGCGCUGGGAGGUGUCUGUUUGCAAGAAGGCCCCGGCUGAUGUUCGCCUUGCAAUGAAGUCCGAGUACGAGAAGCAGGCUACGGAUGCAGAGGAGAGGCGCCGAUCCACUGAGGCUGCGAUUGCCGCGGUGAAACCCAGUGGGAAGCGGGCCCGCAUGACCGACUAUCUCGAGGGUGACGCAGCAGCGGAAAAACACGAAGCACUUCGGUCGCUUGCGCUGAUGUUUGCCGGAUGUCACAUCAUGGAGCAGAUCGUCGACUAUCCUCUCUUCGUCAACGCAAUCAAAGACGUCGCCCGCGCCGGCCACGGCUAUGUUUCUCGAGGGCAGAAGUACACCGGCGGUACCGGUGUGCAAGCUUGCUGGCAAGGCAUUGAAAGCCGGUCGGGGAUGAUGCGGCGCAUAUAUGACAUUAGGCUCCAACUCACCGAUAAUGUAGGGGACCUUGUCGACGCGGAUGAGGGGCAGUUGAGCAACAAUGACAAUCAGCAGAUCUGCCACAUCUUGAAAAACAGGUGGGACGGGAGUCUUGCGUGCGCCAUGCACGUGGCACGAUGCAUCCUCAACCCCGCCAACCAAUCGGAGGACAUACUUGGUGGGAAUGCCGAAUGGACUAGGAUAUUUAAGGCCUUCAUCUCCAACCAUGCGAAGUUCCUGAGCAGCAGCCGUCGGAAGGAGGGGGAUGAUGAGUGCGACUACUUGCUCACCUUGGGGGACCAGUUGAGGUCUUCCCUUGAUCUCAAAGGGAGUUUUGGGAUGGCUGACGCUAUUGCACAGAGGGAGAAGGUAAAGGCGGGCACUUACAGCAUGGUUACAUGGAACAGGGCAGAUGCGCCCCAGCUGACGGCGCUCGCCGUAAGGGUUCUCUCGCAACCCGUCUCAGCUUCUCCUUGUGAGCGUGGUUGGGCAGGGUGGGAAUCAGUCCACACUGCCCGCCGGAACCAUGUUGAAUCCGCCAAAUGCACGGAUUUGGUGUACGUUGCACACAACUGGAACGUUGUGCGCAACUGGCACACGCGUGAUGAUGUGAUGCCCUCAAUCGUUCGCGGGAAUGAGGUGGAGCCGCCCAUCCCCGCUGGCUACAAGGUCGCGGAUGAGAUGGAGGAAGGUGAUGACGAAGUCUUGGCGGACGAGUUUGAGAAGCAACUCUCAUCCAACCUUCUCCCGUCACUUGCCCCUCCCCCCUUCAGCGAAAUCUCUCACAACUACCUUACCGGCCGCGCACUGAAGCCUCUAGCUGCGCGCACCCUGGAUCUCUCCAGCAACUUCCUCUCGGGCCCUCUGCCCAACGGGGCAUGCCAACCUCUUUCUUUUGAUGCCAACUGCUUCACGCUGCCACUGGGCUCUGCCUUGGUGCCGCAGCGGCAGGAGGCAGCAUGCAAUGCAUUCUGUGGCGUCUCUUCUGUAGCUGGUGGUGCUGCUGCGUGUGGUGGACAUGGGGUGUGCUAUCCACAGGGGCCUAGCUUGGCACCCACAUGUCUGUGUGAUGCAGGAUUCGUGCGAUCUAGAGACAUCGGCUGUGUUGCUCAAGGCCAAAACAGGAGUUACUCUAGCAGCCAGCUGAUUCUCCCACCAGCUUCUGCGCUCACCAAAGGGACACAGCGGGAGACGAGGGGGAGCUUCACGGCAGCGCCAGUGACGCUGUUUGUGUAUGAGGCAGGGCAGGCGCUGUCAGGGUGUGGGCUGCAACUCGCCUUCCAUGCCAACUUCAGCUUCUCCCUCUUUCCUCAAUCCGGUCGCGUUGGCUUCAACGGCUUUGCCUUUGUUGUCUCGGCAACCGACCGGGUGGGGAGAGGCACCGGUGUGGGGUAUGGGGGAAUGGACAAGCGGAGUGAGAAGCCACAGAAGGCGGUGCUGGAGAGGAGGCUGGCGCUGUGUGAGGUGCUGCAGGGUGGGGCGGAGCAGCACACCUUCUUCUUUGGCUUUGUGGCCUGCACCACCGUGAAGCCGUUUCAGAAGCACGUCAUUCUUGAAUCUACAGUGGACACAUUCACACGUACUCCAGCCUAUGGCCUGCAGCUAUUAACAAACACGUACAUGCCAGCAUGGGCCAGCCCCUUCCCGCGCUACGUGAGUGCGGACUACCGAGUGGCGCCCAGCAAGCAGGACUCGUGGGUUGUCAGCGACUUCCACUCCUGGGACUCCGUGCCCUUUCUCGGCUGGCCCGUCAAGGACCAGAAGGACUGCAAUGCUUGCUGGGCGUUUGCGCUGGUGGCGAGUGUGGAAGCGGCAUACGGCAUUGCAACGAAUGGAGAGGCGCCGCAGCUGUCAGUAGAGUCGCUCUUUGCAGCCAUGGGGCUCACUUCCAAGGUUGACAAGUGCAGCACGGGGGGCUCCCCCAACGAGGCAUUGGAAACUCUUCUCACGCUGCCCAAUGGCGGAAUCACAGAGGCUGGCGCACCUGUGAGUAGUGUGGUGCAAGAGCAGAAGACCUUCAAGUACCAGGAUCCUUGCUGCUACACCGGCAGACUGAACCACGUUGUACUCGUUGUUAGCUACUUCGUCUUCAGAAAUGACGGCAGCCAAAAUCGCAUUGCACCCCCAUUUUGGAUUAUCCGCAACUCGUGGGGAGUGGAGUGGGGUGACAGAGGCCACAUGCGUAUGGACAUUCAGGGAGGUGAUGGCGUGUGUGGCAUCAACGUGCUGCCUGGCAUCUACCCCAUUGUCAAGAUGGACGUGUGUGGGUCUGACUUGAAGAGCCCCUGCUAUGUGGGCACAUGCAUCAACGACGGCAAGGGCUCCUACUCUUGCAUCUGCCCUCCCAACUACGUUGAAAGCACAAUCAUUGACAGCUUCCCCACCUGCGACCCUGGUGCUGCUCUUUGGCCUUCCAACACCACGGCCAGCACCUUGGCAGUGAGUGGAAGCAAUUGGUCGUGCUCUGAUGUCCUCCCUCUUGUGGGCCUCUCACUUGCACAAUUCACGCAGAAUAAUCCGAGCGACACAUGCUGGUCCAUCAGCACGCAGCUGGGCCUCACCAACAGCAACCUCACUGCUCUCAAUCCUGGGCUCGACUGCUUUGAGCCCAUCAAGGCGAGUCGCUCUCUGUGUGUCGAACGCAAUGCCACCUUCGCUUUCACGGUCCCUCAGUGCUCGCAAUACGGCAUGCUCACACCACAGGACACCUGCGAGCGCCUGCUGCGGCAGGUGGCGGGGAGUGAGGGCGACCCAACAGGGGCAGGGGAGGUGAAUGCCAUGCGCUGGGCUGAGCUGUACCGCAACAAUUCCGGCCUCAUCUGCUCCGAUGUCAUCCCGAUCACCGCCUCUGCUGUUGGAAGCAACACCGGCGUGCAGGUGAGUGGUGGAGGGUAG